AUGCACAUCUUGGGAUUGACCUUAAUCUGCUUCUGGUUUGGUUUUGCUGAAAGUUGUGAGAAAGUCUGCGCUCAUAACUUUAAGCCCAUGUGUGGUCACGAUGGAACGUGUUUUACGGAAGCCGUAAAUGCCUGCCAAAUGAGAAAUAUAAAUUGUGUAAGAAUUGCUAAGGGAAAACCAGUUUUUAAAAAAUUGCAUCUUGGAGCGUGUCAAAGAUAUUUUACAAUUUGUAAAAUGUUACCCGAAGAUUGA